AUGAAGCUCAGGGGUUCAGACGCAAAAGGGCUCAUGAGCGACGCCGAGCGCAGACAUGAGGAGCUGAGGAAACUGAAGGUGACGCUGGAGCAGCAGGCCAAGGAGCUGCAGGCAGACACCCAGGAGAUGGUGAACAAGGUCAAAAAGAAAGAGCAGAGGAGGUGGGAGGCAGAGGUGCAAGAGGCGCACAGGAAGCGUGUGAUGCUGGAGGAGCAGAGCCGCCAGGCGGUGGAGGGGGCCAGAGAGGAGGCGCAGCGAGAGAGGACCGUUGCCCGGGGGCUCCGGGUCCGAGUGGUGGAGCUGCAGAACUGUGUGCAGGGCCUGGAAAGGGAGCUCCUGCAGCGGCAACGUGAGCAGGACUCUGCGCUGUCUGCACUUCGCAUGACUCUAAGCGAGGAGCAUCAGGCUGAGCUUCAACAGCUACACCAACACACUGAUCAGGAGAGGCGGAAGGAGGUGUCCCAACUCCAAGGGGCCCUUGAGCAGGCUGAGGGCCGCAUGCGCACCAUGGAGGAGGCCACAGCGAGGGCUGAGCAGCAGCACAGAGAAAUGGCCCUGGAGGUGGGGGCAGAGUGUCAGCAUCUGCAGGAACUGCUGGAGGAGGGAGGAGACGUUGCAGGGGACACCGCUCACCUCCAGCUCAGUUCCACAGCGGCGCAGACAUUGCGGGGGCUGGGAAGACGCCUCCAUAUCCUUGUCACCCAUCUCCGGCAGGAUCUGGACGCACAGAGACGCAUCAACCAGAAGGUGACUGAGGACAAGGAGCAGGCGCUGUGCACUCAAAGAGAGCAGCUGACUGCACAGAAGGAGGCAGCUCUCGAGUCGCUGAAGGACCAUCUCAUUCAGGAGCACAUUCAGGAGAUUAGCAGCCUGCGGCGGACUCGCCUGGACGACAGCGCCGCUGAGGCGGGGGGGCUAGUGGCAACGCUGCGGCGACGGCUGCAGGACAAGGACAUGGAGCUGCAGGAAGUCCAGAGGAACAUGAGCCGUUGGAAAGAACAGACAGCGGCCCGACUGGCACGAAAAGUCGAGGAGGAGCUGACGGCCGAACUGGAGAGGAGAGCCCUGAGGACAAGUGCAGAGCACCAAAGGAAGUUGCCGCACUUGGCGAAGGAGGCGAUGCGCUAUGCGUCUUCCCCCUCCCUCGUCUCUGCAGAGCCUUGCUCUUCUUCCUCGACCCCCGACCUAGCAAUGCUCAAGCUACUGCGCCACCUGCAGAGUCAUAUCAGGCAGCUGUGCAACCACAGCUGGGCACACACCUGCUGCAGCCCUGCACACCUGGGCCCUCACACACCUGUGCCCCGGCCCACCUGCUCCCGGACACACCUGGCCACAGCAGGGGACUUGGCAGGAUCCUACCUGGAAACAAUGGCCUCGCGUCUGCAGAGAGUCCAGGUGAGCAGGGGGGAUACCCCCCUGGACAGUUCACCGCUAACGUCACCUGCUACCCUUACUUUCGUUGCACAGCUGCCUUGUCAACCUCAGGGAAGGUAAAACACCAGCCCCGGUGUCUCUACUUGUGCUCAGCAAAAUCACAUGGAUUUGUUAUUUUCUUAUUUCACACAAUUACUGAAACACUGUAAUCCUUACCUGACUGCAGCAGUUCUGAAACUGGACACAUAUCUUCAGUGGUCACUUUGCAUGGACUGACACCUAGAGGAAAAUCCUCAAGCUCAACUUCUCACCAUUAUUGUUCUAUGAGUGUUAAAGAGGUGUGGAAUAACACCUAUUUGUAGUAAUUCUCAGGAUCAUUACUAUC